AUGGCAACUCCGAACUCAGGCCCACUACGGCCACGCGUCCCAUCCUCGCACACCGUCCUCACACCUCAUCCCUCCUCCAGCUCCACCCAAGCUGCUGCUCUCUCGUCAUCAGAGAGCUCUUCAAGCCUUCCCCCGGCUCCUGUCAUCGACCCUUCCCUCCUCGCCGCCCCCAUUCCUCCUCCUCUCGUCAAUGGUGGCAUCAACCUUGCCAUGGUCGCUCCCGCCUACUCUCCCCAGGUCACCUCAUCAUCAUCCGCCGGGGACCACCGCGAAAAUGACCAGGACUACUUCGGUCCUAUUGCUGGUUCCUCCGCUGCCGGCCCCAGCAACCAGUACAAGGACGACAAGGCACCGAUACAGCAAUGGGAUGGCUUCACCGUUCCCCCACCUGCCACCCUGCCAGACUGGCAGCAGCAGCCCCCCACUGCUGGGGAGCCGUCUCGACCUACUCAGGACCCGGAUGCUCCCUACGAUCUCGCCCGCAAGAAGGACGGCAAGAUCGCUCGCCCUCCCAACGCCUGGAUUCUCUACCGCUCCGAAAUGCUCAAACACCUCAGUGAGGGCAAGCCCGUCGAGGGAUUAGAGGCGGCGUUAGAGGAGCUCGACAACCCCACCGAGGACCCGAAGGACGGCAAGAAGUCCAAGAAGUCGAACAAGAAGGCGCCGGCCAAGGGCUCACAGGAGCUCAUUGGGCAGCUUGGCGGUGGCAAGGGCGGUCGCGGCCUGCCCCAAGCCGAAAUCAGCCGCGUUAUCAGCGUUCUAUGGAAGAGAGAAGACCCCGAGCGUCGUCGCCACUACGAAAAUCUGGCGGCCCAGGCCAAGGAGGAGCAUAAAAAACUCUACCCUGGUUACAAAUUUCAACCUAUGCGCAAGGAUGAGAAGGCGGCGCACAAGGCGGCGAGGCAGCGCGAGCGCGACGUGUGCCGUCGUACUAAGGCUGGGGAUAAGGCUGCCACCAAGAUUACACGCCGUCGUAACUCGCGUCACAAACGCUCCCCUUCCAAUGAGUUUGGCUCGACGCACAUGGAUCGAACGGAUUCGUGCUCCAGCCUGUCUUCCGAACAGGGCGGAUACUUCCACGGCGUGCCUUUUGAUACCCUGGGUCCUCACCCAUUCCCGCAAGCCCUCGGCGGCUUUGCUGCCGACAUUCCUGCAUCCAUCGCAGGGCGGGGCUUGCUGGGCUGCAAUGCUGACGCCUCCACCCUCGAAUUUCUUUCGGCAGCUGACGUUUUCGCAGACGGCUACCCCCCUUACAUGUCGGCCGCCCAGCCCCAUUCAACGCCUCUCAUGGGUCACCUCAUGUCGACGCAAUUCCCCUCGAGUUCCCGUUCCGGCUCUAUCGCACUUUCUCUCCCCGGCACCUCGAGUUCACCCGAGCACCACCACGAUUUCGGCGUUGAGCGCAGCGUGCCCAUGUUCGCUUCACAGUCCGACAUGUCGUACGACACUCUGCAGCAGAGCAUCGAGUUCAACGACGCUCACCCCAUGAUGGGUUACUCGACUAUGGCGAACGGAUAUGGCAACUCGGCGUAUGUUCCUGGACGCCCACUCCCGUACGGCCAGCCGAUCACUGCGGGAGGACGGCUAAAUCACAACAUACCUGCAGCUACGCCAUACCAGUUCACCCCCAUGAAGGUGCCCACGGAGUACCUCUCACACGUCCAGGGCACCAACGAGUACACGGACGACACCAUCACGGACCUCGCGGCUGUUUGGUGUGACAUUGAGGAGCCGCCCGUGCCUUCGCCGGCACCGGCUGCAACGGUCAUCCCCGCUACCAUCGGGGGCCAGAAUGGCCAGACUUGGGCCGAGCACCAGCGUGUUGAGAGCGCCAACAUGCCGCGCAUUCCCAUGGCUCCCCCUGGCGCGGGCCCGGAGGCCGGCUACUCUGUGCCUCAGUUCGUGAACCAGUACGAGAACGGCUCCGGCGGCAUUGUGACUCCGCAGCCUGGUCACCUCGAAGUGCCACGGAUGGCAGCCAGUGUCCACAGCUCGCCCCUCAGCCAGCCGAUUUUCUUUGAUCCCUCCAAACAGCCGCAGCAUGGUGUGAAGGCCGAGCACACGCCGAGCCCAUCAAUGCAGCAUGCGAUGACGCAGCGUGCCCAAGGAGGCGACACGCUCGGCCAAGGUCUCAUGCCCUCCCCCGUCGACCAAUCGUUCCCUCAGAACGUCAUCCUCCGCCCAGUGCAGCAGGGCCCCGUCGCCUCUCCUCAGCCAGCCUCAACGUACUACGACGCUAACAGCCCGUCGAACAUGCUCGUCCCGAGGCACUUUUCCAACUCGAUCUUCCCUCUCUCGCCGACGGGAACCCAGCUUCCCUCGUGGGCGCAGGACAGGUCGUUUUCGUCCUCCAGCCAGCAGGCACAGAUCAUGCCCUCCAUGUCGAUGACUCCGGGACAGCUUCUCGGAGACGACUGGGAGGACGUCCCCAAGCCGCCAGCCAACCUCGCCAGCCCGGUGCCCCUCAGCCAGUCGGCACCCGCUGGCACGAUGAUGCAGCCGAGUCAACGACGCGUCGUGACCGGCUUCGAGAAUCCAGCAGUCUGA